CAAGCUUCUACCGCGUUUGUGACGUCUCAAAAUGCCCGUCCCAAUCACGAACGUCGCUGAUAAACUGCCUCCGGCGUCUCGCGAGCGGCUGGUCAAAGCUGGCAUUGACCUGACUAACUACCCCGAGUGGCCUCCAAAGCCGAAAAGCUUGACGCUCGCCGCUCAGGUUAGGGACGAAGAGCGCGUUCACAAUGAGAGGGGCAAGAAUGCGGAUCCCGAGAAGAAAGCUCUACUCGGCGCUGCUAAGGAGGUCAUUCAUCUCAGCAAGCAUAUAGGGACAGAGAUCGUCGGUCUACAGCUGUCGCAGCUGACGGAUCAGCAGAAAGAUGAGCUUGCUCUCCUUAUUGCGGAGAGGACCGUCGUCUUCUUCCGCGACCAGGAUCUAUCCCCUCAGCAGCAGCGUGACUUGGGUGCUUACUUCGGCGAAAUUGAGGUGCAUCCUACUGCUGCUCGGGUGCCUGGUCUUCCAGGCGUCUCCAUCAUUUGGCCUGAGCUUGCGAAGGAGAAUAUCAGUUUUAGGAAUCCUUUCGGAACUCAAAACUGGCAUACGGAUCUCACUCAUGAGAAGCAACCGCCUGGCAUCACUCACCUCCACAACGACACCAUCCCGUCUGUCGGCGGUGACACGUACUGGGCUUCGGGAUACUCCGCCUAUGACAAGCUGUCCCCCGCAUUCCGCGCCAAGAUCGAUGGUCUACAGGCUGUCUACCGCUCUGCCCACUCGUACAAGAACCCUGAAGACCCCGACGGUCCGCUCGUUCCGAUAGAGCGUGUGCACCCCCUUGUGCGCACUCACCCAGCGACGGGCUGGAAAAGCUUGUUCGUGAACCGCGUGUUUACGCUGCGUAUCGUCGGCUUCGAGCCUGCGGAGAGCAAGUUCAUUCUAGACUACCUCUUCGAUGUCUAUGAGCGCUCUUUGGACAUCCAAGUACGCUUCAAAUGGACUCCCAGGACGUCCGCCUUGUGGGACAACCGCAUCUCCAUCCACGCUGCCGUGUUCGAUUACGAGGGCCACGAGCCUCGUCAUGGUACUCGCGUGUCCUCGCUUGCGGAGGUGCCCUACUUCGAUCCGCAGUCGAAGUCGCGCCGUGAGGCUCUUGGGCUGGACAAGCCGGAGGACUUCUUACCCAAGAAGGAAAUCGUAUAUUGAAUACUAGCGGACCGCUAACCUGAGUGUAAAGACUAGUAUGGAGCGAGAGCGGUGUACAACAGGUGUAUCAU